AUGCCACAGCGUAAUAUUGAAUAUUCAAAAGGAUUACAAAAAAUACCAUUGGAUUCUACAAAUACAAAUACUAAUACUAAUAAUAAUAAUAAUAAUAAUAAUAAUAAUAAUAAUUUAACAUCAUCUUGGUAUUGGUCUAAUUAUAAAAAAGCGUUCGAUUGGUAUAAUUAUCAUUCGAUCGCACGUUGGAAAGCUUGUGCUAAAACGUUGGAAGAAGAAAAUAAAUAUUUGAAACACAUAAUAAGAAAUCAUUUGCCGCAUUUGAUGAACGGCGGUGAUGUGGGAGCAAACAAUCAAGUCGCAAAUGUUCCGCAAGAUGUCAACAAUUCACUCGAUUACAAUUCGAAUAAAAUUGAUGAUGAUGAUGAUGAAAUUGAAUUUGAAUUAUCGGAAGAAAUGAUUAAAUUUUUUCAAGAUUCAUACAGGAGAAAAAUGAAAUUAGUUAAAGAAAGGGAAGCAAAUGAAAAUAUGAUAACAAUGGAUAAAAAAAUUGAAGAAUUACAUUCUAGAAAACUUAAAAGAGAUGCUCAAAUGAAAUAUUUAUACGGUGAUGAUUCGUCGAAAAUAAUCGGAAUGGAAACUGCAAUACAAUUAAGAAAAUCAAAUUGUUUUAUUAUUUCAAAAGAUAAAUGA